CACAGGCCGGUCCAGUCCACCACCACCGCCCACUCUUUGCUGGCUGACGACAAACAAGAAGUGCCGUUUCAUCACCCCAACUCGCCCUGGGUUCUUCUCUGUCCGACGCACACACCGUACUCUCUCUUCCUCUCACAUACACGAGCGAGCGAGCUUGGGGGUUUGGCCUUUUACUUGCUGGCAUAUUUCUUCUCUUCGCUUGAUUCUUCCCCCUUGCUCCUGAAAGCGAACACGCCCGGCCGGCCCAAUCCCCCCCCCCAACCAUUGUCGUAAACCGUCACCCGGAAGUGCCAUUGAGCUGCUUGCGCGUCGCCCUCGCCUGCGAUACGAGGCAGGUUUUUUUGGGUUUGGCAGGAAAGGGUGCCGAAAGCCGGCAGACAAGACAGACAAGACAGACAAGACAGACAAAGAACAGAACAGCACCGAGGCCGGCGCCAUGGUCAGCAUGGAAUGGGACCCCGACUACGUCCCCGGCGUCAAGAUGGGGCUGCAUUCCAUGCAAAUCAUCCUCUCCUUUACGCUGUGGUGUCUCGAGAUUGCCACCUUUGUCGCAAAGGACGCCAAGAUUGUCGGGAACAAUGCCUGGACCUUUUCAGUGUGCUUCCUGUCCAUUCCCGCGUGGAUCUACCUGGUCAUGACGCCGCGCUUCUCCCGCACCCGCAAGUUCGCCGAGCCGCACGCCAUGCUCGUCGUCGACGUGCUCUUCACAAUCAUAUGGCUUUCUGCCUUUGCGACGCAGGCCGCCUACAACUCGUCCGGCCUGUGCGGCAACGGCUGCAACCUGAGCAAGGCCAUUGUCGCGCUGGGCGUCUUCAUCACCCUCUUCUUUGCCGCCUCGACCGUCGUCAGCGCAUACACCCUCCAGUACUACAGGUUCCACGGCACCCUCCCCGGGUACGACGCGCGCAAGAUCCGCGGCGGCGACAGCAGCAACAUCGACCCGGACAAGGCCGCCUUCUCCAUGGCGCCGCACGACGAGGACGCCUACGAGCGCGUCAACAUGGACGACCACGACCACGACCACGAUGAGCGACCCUACGGCCACUCGAACCCCUACAACGCCACCGUCGACGACGACGAGGGGGGCCGCUACGGCGCCAUGCCCCCGCGCCACGAUCCCUUCAACACCGACACCGAGUACACCUCCGGGGGCGGCGCCGGCGUGCCGCCCCUGUCGAUGCCCUACGGCGGAGGAGCGGGCUCGGCGUCGCACGUCUCCUACUCUGACGAGCCGGCCAAGUUCCCCGCCGGCAACUACGAUCGCGUGCAGCACCCCUGAUCGGCGGGCCUUUGUCGCGAAACAUCUGGCAUAUAAAGCGAGGGUUGCGUCUCUUUCUGCGCAAAUUGUGAGAGGGAAGGUAUUGGCAAAGAAUUCUUUGAAACGACUGGAUGGAUUGUCUCAUCACCAUCGGACAUCUCGACGGGACUCUAUGGAGAGAAUUUUGUUUCUGGGCAUUGUUUUAGCUUGGGGGCGUUGUGGUGUUGGAUUCCGGACGUGGCGGGGACGUCCCUGCCGCGAGGAGAUAUCAAUAAUGCUUGGUUUGUAUAUAGACGACUCAUCAGCCCCGAGUCUGCAUAGGCGGGAUUUGAAUUUGUUGCAUAUUCGUCUAGAUGGCCUGGACUCGUGCCGCGGAGCCCGCAAUGUGUGAAAUACCAUGAACUAAAACUCC